AUGAAGUGUGUCGUUGUUCUCGUGGCAUUCUCAGUCAUCCUGGCAGUUGUACAAGCUGACAAAAAAGAGGCCAAAAAAGUCUACAAUUACGUUUUUAAUGUAGUGGGUGAGCGAUACUUUGAACACUUUUAUCUUGAACUUUUAACAUGAAUUUCAGAGAAACUCACAAAGGAUCCAAGUUUCAAGGAAAUUGCAAAGGCCGCUGCGCAAACUGACAACCCCAUUGAGUACUUGGACUCGAAGAAGAGCGAGAUUGUAGCGAUCGAGACCAGAAUUCUGAAGGAAACUGGCUUGAGCAAGGAUCAAAUUGAUGUGAUUCAGAAGCUGAGCGAUGCCGAGGCUCAUUUGAAGUUCGACGAAUGGCUUCCAAAGUACCGGGGAUUGAAUGCAAACGAAAAGAAGAUACUCUUCGGCAUCCCAGGGUUGUAA